CAGAUUCUUUAGGCUUAUUGUACACACAUAAUAUAAACUACGAGGCUGAGUUUCAGAAGCUAAGCCGCCAACGGACUAGGCAUGUAAUGAAGGUUGAGUUGAGCUGGAGCCGAGUGGUUUAAACAAGAGCAUUGAAGCAAGCUGUAGAUAUACUCGCAAUUAAUGGAGGAAUUUCAUACAGAUAUUUAAUGAGUACCAUUCUGCCGUAGUGUUAUCAUUAAUAUUAUACUGACAAACCAAUCUAAGCAAUUUAAAAGAUGUUGAAGCUUAGCCAAGUUGUGCAAACUCACUAAUCAGGCCAGGUGAACGUUGGUAUAAACAACGCAUCUACAGAUACAGAAAUAAUGGAACGAUAUCAGCCAAAGGAAACUAAUAGCAGAAGGUCAACGGAAUUUACUGUCAAUGGUGAGACACGAUACGUCACAGUUCGAAGGAUGAAUCUCACCCAAGAUUACCAGGCCUCUCCAGAUAAUCAAGGUGAUUGUUACGGCAAUAAUAGGCAAGAGAAACAAACGAAUAUUGCAAGGAACGGUGAUCAGCCUCAAACAAUGACAAACCUUAACGUUGACACAAAAUCAACAGCUAACACGAACCAUUUCUCAAGUCCGCCGAUGAACGUGCAGUUAUCGUCUCCGUUAAGCCCAAGGAGUGAACUAAACAACAAUGUGACGCGACAUGUAAAGUUUGUUCAGCAUGAGAGUUCGGAAGGACAAGACCCUGGGGCCUAUAGGUUGCAUAAACUCUUCGCUGACCAGCCACAAUUCCCCCUCCUUGUUAGAAGCCUCGAGAGACUCACGCUAGAUGGCGCAACCUAUUCGUGGAGCCCUAUGACCACAGAUUCGACCACAGUUAGAACGUAUAUGAGCAUGCUCCCUCCAGAAAAACGUCCCUUUGAGAAAUCAGACGGCGAUGCAGAGCGUAGAAGGCAGUUGCAGCGCCAACUGCCCAUGUACGACCUUGACCCCACUCUCUGUGAUAGCCCAACUGCAUAUGAACUUAAGAAACAUGGAGAGUUUCUCCAUAAGGUCAAAGCCAUUGUCGCUGGUAUAGGUGAAGUGAAUGCAAUUACAACUUCGAACGAAUGGGUGUGCAGAAAAUGCCAGCAGUAUUUGGUGAAGGGAGAGGUUGGUGUGUUUGUGCAUAAAACUAACUUAUCCAUGUGUUGGCACCCGGCCUGCUUCUGCUGUACCACGUGCAAACAUAUCCUGGCGGAUCUCAUAUUCUUCCACAAGGACGGGAACAUCUACUGUGGACGUCACUAUGCCCAGAGAGUUCGGCCCCGCUGUUCAGCGUGUGACGAAUUGAUAUUUUCCAAGGAGUAUACUCAAGCCGAGGGACAGAACUGGCAUGUUAAACACUUCUGUUGCUGGCGAUGUGACAGACCACUGG